CGACCCACUGUGUCCAUCAACCCACGGAGACAGCAGCCAGCAGCCCAGUGAGGAAACCCCGAAGAUGGCGCCCAUCUCCAUCCAGACCGUGUUGAUCAGUGAAAGUGUGGACCCUCGCUGCAAGAAGGUUCUGGAGGAAAAUGGCAUCCGAGUCACGGAAAAACCGAACAUGACAAGAGAUGAAUUAAUGGCGGAGAUCAAGGACUACGAUGGCCUUGUGGUUCGAUCUGCAACGAAGGUAACCGCUGAAGUCAUCAAUGCUGCUCAUAAUCUGAAAAUCAUUGGGAGAGCUGGAACUGGUGUGGACAAUGUGGAUGUUGACUCUGCCACCAAAAAGGGUAUUAUUGUCAUGAACACACCCAGCGGCAACACGAUCAGUGCCGCCGAGCUGACAUGUGCUCUGCUGAUGAGCCUCUCGAGAAAUGUGCCUCAAGCUGCGAUGUCGAUGAAACAAGGGAACUGGGAUCGCAAAAAGUUCAUGGGUGCAGAGCUGUACGGCAAAGUGCUCGGAAUAGUUGGACUUGGAAGAAUAGGAAAGGAAGUCGCCUCAAGAAUGCAAUCAUUUGGCAUGAGGACAAUCGGCUACGACCCGAUCACUCCUCCUGCGGUGACCGCGGGCUGGGGGGUCGAGCAGAUGUCUCUGGAGCAGCUGUGGCCCCAGUGUGACUACAUCACUGUGCACACGCCCCUCAUGCCCUCUACUGUCGGUCUGCUCUGUGAUGAAACGUUUGCGAAGUGCAAGAAGGGAGUGAAGGUUGUGAACUGUGCACGAGGGGGGAUCAUCGACGAGGCGGCUCUCCUGCGAGCGUUGGAGUCCGGACAGUGCGGGGGAGCAGGGCUCGAUGUCUUUGUUGAGGAGCCUCCUAAGAACCGCCCAUUGAUCGACCAUGCCAAUGUCAUCAGCUGUCCUCACCUGGGAGCCAGUACGAAGGAGGCUCAGGCUCGCUGCGGGGAGGACAUCGCUCUGCAGAUUGUGGACAUGGUGAAAGGCAAGAAUCUGGUUGGAGCUGUAAAUGCACCGGUUUUGGCCAGCACAUUCUCCCAGGAUUCUCACCAGCUGAUCAAACUCGGAGAAGCCGUCGGAGCUGUGCUGCAGUCCUGCACUGCUUCAAAGAAACCGCUUAAACAUGUCCAAAUCACGACUCAAGGGGAUUGCCUGAAGUCCUCCACUGGUUACAUGACUUCAUCAGUCCUGGUUGGACUGCUGGACCAGGAACCUGGCUGUUGCCCAAACCUCAUCAACGUACUGAGCCUCGCCAAGGAGUCUGGAAUUGCGGUAAAUCAGACCCACUGUGCGUCUGACGAGGCUGCCAGUGGAGUGUGUAAGGUGGAGAUCGUGGUAGAUGGCUGCAGCUACAAAGCCAGUGGUUCUGUUCAAGGUGGCGUGCCGGUCCUGCUUGAGCUGGACGACAGUGUGUUCAGACAGCCGGUCUCUCUCACUGGAAAUCUGCUGUUCUUCAAGGCCUCCCAAAGUCCUCAGCUCCUGUCCUCAGUGGCUGGACUGCUGGCCUCAGAGGGAGUGGAGAUCGAGUCCUUCAGUGCUCCCGCAGCCCGCUCUGGGGAUCUGUGGUAUUGCGUGGGGGUGUCCUCUCUCCCACGAGACCUCAGUGCUUUGAAGCCUUUAGUGAAGGAGGCUGCACAGGUCACCAUUUAGAUGACGGCAGCAAUGCUAUACCUCUUUACAGUGUCUAAUAUAAUUGAUCCGUCUUAGUGUUUACAACUAACAAUUUACAAGUUGAACAUUUGCAGUUUAAACUUGUAUUUUGAUAACAUUCCAGUGUUUUAGAUGCUUUACAUCCACUUUGUUGAAAUACAAAUAAAUGCACGGUCAUGUGCCUAUAAGUUU